AUGACCACAGAUCGACGGUGCUCCUUCAGUGGUAGCACAGCGGAAGAAGACUCAGAAUUAAACGGCGAAGAUGAUGCUGGAGAAUCUUCCCGCCUGGUUCCGAGUUCCAGUCCCAUAUCCAGAGUCCUGAGACGUUUCCCUCGCUUUAUUCACCGCUCAUCUGCCCCCCAUGGCUGCGCUGUUGGUCACCGCAACCGGGACUUCUCUCAUUACUCUGACUCUCGUGGAGUGAAGCGCAACUGUUUCUCUCAAGCAGUAGUCGAGAUUUUUGCUACUGUCCGCGCCAUCCUGGGAUAUUCAUGGCUUAACAGCCUCCUGGUUUUCGUCCCGUUGGCCAUUGCCAGCUACUUGGCUCGAGCGAACCAUGUUCUGGUUUUCACGGCAAAUGUCAUCGCGGUAGUCCCAUUAUCGAGCUUGCUCACCUGCGCGACGGAAAACAUUGCACGAGAGUCAGGCGACGUGGUUGGAGCCUUGCUCAACGUGACGUUCGGAAACCUGGUCGAGAUUGUAAUCUUUGCCGCCCUCUAUCAUAAGCAAUAUGAAGUGGUACAAGCCUCUCUUUUGGGCUCAAUCCUCGUGAACCUCUUGCUCGUCUUGGGAUUAGCAAUCCUGGCCGGAAGUUUUUAUCAUCAAGAGCAGUCUCACAGAAUAGAGGACGCACAAGCUCUGGCCUGCCUCCUCAGUGUGUCCGUCUUCAGCUUGCUCAUACCUAGUGCCCUUGUCCACUCCUUUGACGAUCUAGAGUCUGCUAGACCAGCCGUGUUAACCUUGAGUCGAGCGUCUGCGUUGACCUUAUUGGCCAUCUAUUUACUCUACAUCUUUCUGCAGAUCAAGAACACUAUUGUCAACAGAUCACCCGUGCGCGUUGUCGGUCCAGACAGCAUAAAUGGUUCUGUACGGAUGAGUGGUGAUGCUGCUGCUUCCAGUGGAUUGUUAUUUCCGCGUUCGAUUCGGUUCCAAGAUGAGGAAGAGGCCGGAGGCUAUAAAAACACACCCCUUGUGCGGAAAGACAGCUUGGAGAUGUCUGCGUUCGAUGAUUCCGGACAAUCACAAAUGGAGUCGGACGACAUCAAUGGACACCCUAACUUCGAAAGAUCUGACGAGGAUGAAGAUGGCGACACACAGGGCCAGGAGUGGAAAACUUCGUCUGACAAGAUACGGAACCCAAGAAGCUCCAUCUAUCAAUUUGCUGCGCGUAGACAAGGACAGGAUUCCGGCAAUUCGAGUCAGCGGCACAUGAGUCCUGCUGGCUUGCAGCCGUUACGGUCGCACCGCUCGUCCUACGCAGGUUCAACAUCCAGUCUUCCACGUCUGCUUUUGGGAAGCUCCAUCGCCAAUAUCGACAGUCCGAGUGAUAUUGUGAGGCUUGAGGACCCACCAUUGGUUAUUGGGAAACUAGCUUCCAGCUUACUCCUCGUUAUCUCAUCCUUACUUGUGGCCUUCUGCGCCGAGUUCCUUGUGAACACACUCGACGAUAUUGUCGACUCUGGGCCAUUUUCGGAAGCAUUCAUCGGGCUCAUUAUACUCCCAGUUGCUGGAAAUUGUGCGGAGCUCAUCACUGCGACAGCGGUCGCCACUAAAGGCAAGUUCGACUUGGCCAUCGGCGUCUCUGUUGGAUCAUCCGUUCAAAUCUCUUUAUUUGUCACGCCUUUGAUCGUCAUUGCGGGCUGGGCUCUGAACAGGGACAUGACCAUGUAUUUUGGUAUCUUUGAGACUGUGGCACUUUUCGCCACAACUUUUCUGGUGAACGUGCUCAUUCUCUAUCGCAAGUCAAACUUCUUGGAAGGAAGCCUGCUCUGUGCCUGCUACUUCAUCAUUGCAGUCGGAGCAUAUCUCUUCCCCACACCAGAUCAUCGAGCUCUGCAUGACCGUCCUCCAGACUAG